UCCGAAUCGGUACCGUUUUGUUCAAGGUCAACCUUUCCUUUACCUGAUCAGAGAAUGUUUAUUUUUAAUUUCAGGGAAAAUACUAACUCGCAAUGGUGGUCAAGAUCGGGAUAAAUGGAUUUGGUCGCAUAGGACGACUUGUUAUGCGCGCCUCGCUGUCAGAGGGUGCAGUCCAAGUUGUCGCUGUGAACGAUCCUUUUAUCGACCUCGAUUACAUGGUUUACAUGUUCAAGUUUGACUCAACCCAUGGUAGAUUUAAGGGAACAGUAGAGGCCAAGGAUGGUAAACUGAUAAUCAAUGGAAAUCCAAUCUCUGUGUUUGCCGAGAGAAGUCCAGGUGAAAUCCCAUGGGGUGAUAAUGGUGCUGAAUAUGUGGUUGAGUCAACUGGUGUUUUCACCACUGUAGAUAAGGCUAGUGCACACCUUAAGGGUGGUGCCAAGAGGGUAAUCAUCUCUGCACCCUCAGCCGAUGCCCCUAUGUUUGUGAUGGGAGUCAAUGAAGACAAGUAUAACCCAAGCAUGACUGUCAUCAGUAAUGCAUCUUGCACCACCAACUGCCUUGCCCCUGUGGCUAAAGUGUUGAAUGACAAAUUUGGAAUAGAAGAAGGACUUAUGACAACUAUCCAUGCUGUUACUGCCACACAGAAGACUGUGGAUGGUCCAAGUGGCAAGAAAUGGCGUGAUGGUCGCGGAGCGUAUCAGAAUGUGAUACCAGCCUCCACUGGAGCAGCUAAGGCUGUUGGGAAAGUCAUACCUGAACUGAAUGGCAAGUUGACUGGCAUGGCAUUCCGUGUACCUGUUCCUGAUGUGUCUGUGGUGGACCUCACAUGCCGCUUGAAGACACCAACUGAGUAUGAUAAAAUCAGAGCUGCCAUGAAGCAAGUUUCUGAGGAUAAGGUCAUGUCAAGAUACCUUGGAUACACUGAGGAGGAUGUUGUCUCCAGUGACUUUAUUGGAGACACUCACUCAAGCAUUUUUGAUGCCAAAGCUGGAAUUCAACUGAGUCCAACAUUUGUGAAAAUUGUUGCAUGGUAUGACAACGAAUACGGCUACAGUCACAGAGUUGUGGACUUGAUCAAAUACAUUGCUAGCAAGGAGUGAUGGAACACUGUGGGAAGACCAGCAGCCUUGUUAUCACUAGCUGCUAUGAUGGAGGAACUUAAGGAAAAAGCCAUUUGAAUUUAGUGUUAGCACCAGGCAAAUCUGUAUCUCUAGAAGGCAUGAACUGAUUUCAGUGUAGUAGAAUCAUGAUUUCUUAGCUGUUGUUUGUUCAGAAGCUUCAAGGGAUCUUAAACGUGUGUGUUUGAAAAACUGGAUAAUGUAUGGUGUGUGUUGUAAUUGUAAGAUGGUCUGCGCUAGGUGCUCAGCUACAAAGCUGUAUUAAAUUUAAUAUUGAUCCUAGU